AUGCAAUUACUACGACUCCUGGUUACACUAGCCGUUGUGCUUUUCUCCGUCGUUGUUAUCGCCGCGGAAGAUUACUACAAAGUGCUUGGCCUUGCCAGGUCGGCGUCGGAGAAGGAUAUCAAGCGUGCGUAUAGGACGCUGAGCAAGAAAUACCAUCCUGACAAGAACCCCGGCGAUGAUGACGCGCGCGAAAAGUUCGUUGAAAUAGCAGAUGCCUACGAAGUUCUAUCGACCAGCACAUUGCGCAAAGUCUACGACCAAUACGGACACGACGGUGUCGAGCAGCACCGCAAAGGCGGAGCCGCUGGUGGCAGCCACGACCCCUUCGAUCUCUUCUCGCGAUUCUUCGGCGGCGGCGGACACUCAGGACACGCACCGGGCCACCGACGAGGACCGGACAUGGAAGUGCGCGCUGCACUGCCAUUGCGAGAUUUCUACACUGGUCGCGAGAUCAACUUCCUCGUUGAGAAGCAGCAGAUCUGCGAUACCUGCGAGGGAACUGGAUCGAAGGAUCACAAGGUUGAGACCUGUGAUCGCUGCAACGGGCGCGGAGUGGUCAUUCAGAAACAUAUGCUUGCGCCGGGCAUGUUCCAGCAGGUGCAGAUGCAGUGUGAUAAAUGCCAUGGACAAGGAAAGAAGAUCAAAAACCCGUGUGCUGUUUGUGGUGGAAGUCGCGUUGUUCGCAACCAAGUUGAAACGAGUGCUACGAUCGAAGCGGGCAUGGGCAAGGGGACGCGACUUGUGUUUGAGAAUGAGGCUGAUGAGAGCCCUGACUGGAUUGCUGGUGAUUUGAUUGUUAUUCUUGACGAGAAGGAGGCGGAGCUUGGCACAGCAGAGGAGGAGAGGACGGAUGGUACGUUCUUCCGGAGAAAGGGCAAGGAUCUUUUCUGGAAGGAGACUCUUUCGCUACGGGAGGCGUGGAUGGGCGAUUGGAGUCGCAAUCUUACCCAUCUUGAUGGACAUGUUGUUCACCUUGGACGUGGACGGGGCGAGGUCGUGCAACCUUUGGCUGUUGAGACUGUCAAUGGGGAGGGCAUGCCGCAUUACUCCGAAGGUCAUCUGCAUGAUCACAAUGAAAAUGACGAGGCUGGCAAUCUGUACAUCGAAUACACCGUUGUUCUGCCUGAUCAGAUGGAAAGCGGUAUGGAGAAGGACUUCCAUGCUCUUUGGGAAAAGUGGCGCAAGAAGAUUGGAGUUGAUCUGGCGAAGGAUUCUGGCCGUCCGGUCGUGCCUCCGCCGGCGGAGGGGAAAGAUGAGCUGUGA